AACAAAACAUUUUAUAACCUACAAAAGGAGUUCCCACACUUUGAAAUCACACCCUGGGACAGAGAUGAUUUAAUCGGUAUCCCUGGUCACGUGAGCAGAUCCGGUUCCAAAGUGGAGGGACCCGUUAGGUGCGCGUCUGAGCGCAGCGGGAUCCAGGAGGACACUGAUCUCCGAGGACACUCAGACAGAGACAUGUCCUCCUCAGCGGUUAGCAGACGGAACAGCUGCCGAGCAGUGGUGAGUGGAAGCCGGUCAGAGGGCCACCCAGCCCGCCGCCGGGCCUCCAGCUGCCCUUACUUUUCUCCUGGAGCGCAAAGCGAAGUCUUCUCCGUGAGUCUGAAGCAGCCCAUCUUCACCAUAACGCUCCGCUUCCUGCUGGCGGUGGACCUGUGGCUGUCCAAGAGGCUCGGAGUGUGCGCCUGCGAGGGCUCACCGUGGGGCAGCAUCCGGCCUCUGGCGCGGCUGGUGGAGUUCUCCGGACAUGUCAUCCCGUGGCUCUCUGGGACCGUGUACUCUCUGCUCCGAGGAGAGAGCGCGGCGAAGCAGGAGGUCAUGCUGAAUCUGACCCUGGCUCUGAUUCUGGACCUGCUGCUGGUCAGAACCGUGAAGAGGCUGGUCAAACGUAGAACUCCUGCUCAGAACCGAUCGGACCUCCUCUCCUCCUUCUUUGUGGAGCGUUACUCCUUUCCCUCCGGCCAUGCCUCCAGGGCGGCCUUGUGUGCCCGCUUCUUCCUGGCCCAGCUGGUGGACACGGCCUCGGUGCGGGUCCUGGUGGUGGGCUGGGCCGUCCUGGUGAGUCUGUCCCAACUGCUGCUCUCCAGAAACCAUGUGACCGAUGUGGGCUUCGGCCUGGCCAUGGGCUACUGCCAGUACAGCCUGGUGGGAAGGCUGUGGCUGACCUGGGACUGUCUGCAGGACCUGGUGCUCAUGUCUCUGAGAGAGAACCUCGACAGGGCUUAUGCUGGAGUCUGGACUGUAGACCGGAAACGAUAAGCGUGUGUGUUUGUGGAACAUGUGUAACAUGAAAAAAUGGGACUUUCAAAUUCCCUUUUUGCUUUAUUUGGUUUUCAGCUAAAGUUUCUUCUCACCUGAAUUCUUUUUUCUUUUUGCUGCUUAUCUUUUACUGAGCUGAACUCAUAUUUUGUGCAAUUCUUUUUCCUGCCAAAUAAACGAAAUGAACGAGUUUGCAUCAUGAAUAGAUGUAAUUUAAUGUCAGUUACGCGUUUUCGUGCAGUGUGAAGGCCAGGGUUGGAUGUGUGGGGCUGCUUUCUCUGUGCUUUCAUUCUGAGCUGUGGCUCUAUAUUUACGCAGGGGAAAGUCAACACACUCAUCCAAGUUUCCAUCAGCUGCUGCUCGGGCUCCUGACGGUCGUUAUCACAGCACAACACGUCUCAUCUCCUCAUACAGAGCUGAGCUGCUCUCACCUGUAAAACCUGCAGCUUUAACCCUAACCCUGACCCAGACUGAAGACAUGAGGGUGAUGGAGAGGUCAGAUCCAGACCGCGUACACGACCCAGAUUCUAAAUUGUGAACUGAUCAAACGUUUCUGCUCAAGUGCAGAUCCAGCCAGCCAGCCCUAGAGGGCAGUGUGUCACAACACAGUACGUUGUCCAGUACUGUACCCCUCAUAGAUUUCUUCUAAUUUAUGUCAAACCUAAACGUUUAAUAUUAGUCAAAGUCCCAUUAGUUGUCACACACACUGAUGUGUGUGUGAAAUUUGUUCUCCGCAUUUGACCCAUCCCCUGGGGGAGUGGUGAGUUGCAGACACAGCCGCGCUCGGGAGACAUUUGGUGGUUUCAUCCCCCAAUCCAACCCCUUAAUGCUGAGUGUCAAGCAGGGAGGCAUUGGGUCCCAUUUUUUAAAGUAUUUGGUUUGACCCGACUACGAAUCAAAUUAGAAUUCAUUCAUCCAUCUUCUGAACCCGCUUGUCCAUGUAGGGUCACGCGGGGACUGGUGCCUAUCUCCAGCGGUCAACGGGCAAUCAGGCGGGGUACAUCCUGGACAGAGAGCCAGUCCAUCGCAGGGCAACACAGGACAAACAAUCAUGCACACACACACACACACACACACACACACACACACACCUAAGGACAAUUUAGACGGACCAGUUAACCUAACAGUCAUGUUUCUGGACUGUGGGAGGAAGCCCGAGUACCCGCAGAGAACCCACGCAUGCACAGGGAGAACAUGCAAACUCCAUGCAGAAAGAUCCCAGGUCGGGAAGCGAACCCAGGACCUUCUUGCUGCAAGGCAACAGCUCUAACCACUGCGCCGCCAAAUUAGAAUUCAAAUUUGAUAAAAGUAAAACAGAAGUAGGAGGAGGAGUUUAAGUAUCUCGGGGGGUCUUGUUCAUGAGUGAGGGAAAGAUGAAGCGUGAGAUCGAUAGGUGGAUUGGUGCUGCGUCUGCAGUGAUGCGGGCGUUGCACCGGCCUGUCUUGGUGAAGAGAGAGCUGAGCCGGAAGGCAAAGCUCUCUAUUUAUCGGUCGAUCUACGUUCCUACCCUCACCUUUGGUCACGAGCUUUGGGUAGUGACAGAAAGAACGAGAUCGUGGAUACAAGCGGUCCAAAUGAGUUUUCUCCGCAGGGUGGCUGGGCUCUCCCUUAGAGAUAGGGUGAGAAGCUCGGUCAUCUAGGAGGGGCUUAGGGUAGACCCGCUGCUCCUCCACGUGGAGAGGAGCCAGUUGAGGUGGCUUGGACAUCUGGUCAGGAUGCCUCCUGGACGCCUCCCUGGUGAGGUUUUACGUGCGUGUCCCAAGACCCAGGACAUGUCUCUCGGCUGGCCAGGGAAUGCAUUGGAUUCCCCUGGAAGAGCCGGUCCAAGUAGCUGGGGAGAGGGAAGUCCGGGUUUCCCGGCUUAGGCUGCUGCCCCCCGCGGCUGAUGGAUGGUAAAAUAAAAAGUGUAGUUUUAAAUGAUGAUAAUCCAAACCAACCUGGCCUCACAUCAAAGCCAUAACACUCUUGGUGUUUGCUAUGAACACCGAUGAGUCCUUUGUUACUGUGGAGGAGUUUUAUCCUGCUCCUGUGAAACAGCAGAGCAGACCCAGACCAUCACACUUCCACCACCCUGGCUGACUGUUGUUUUGUGUUAGUUUGACUCCAGAUGCACAUCCAGUAAGUUCUGCUUCUGUCUUGUCUUCCACAGAUUUUUUUUUUUUAAUUUCUCUAGAACAGGGUAGGAUUUGUUGUGCUUUGAGAUCUUUUGGCCGACUUUCUGUUGUCUGAUAGUUUGGUCUGAAAAACUUGUUACCCAUCUGACUAAUCAGGUCUGGGUGUGGCUGAGGAACUGAACUCAGCUUUAAAUAAUGAAACAAAAUAAUAAUUUUUAUUUUAACUUUGUGCAAUUAAAUCUCAGGGACAUUCAUUCUCAUACAUUCUAAAUGUACGAGAGUUGAUCAUAAAUAUUUGGUACUCAUCUUUUAUUGUGAUGGUUGUGAUGUCUCUAAGCUCCAUAUCAGCCAUAUAAAAAGUCCUCAUUACUCCUCCAAUAAUCAUCCUUUUUGAGGUUUACUUUUAUUUAUAUAUUUGAAUGCUGACAUUGUCUUCAUGGUGGUGCAGUUUGUGCUAAA